CCAGUACUGAUGAGGACUUCUAGUUGGAUUUUUUUUUUCUCGCUGGAUAACGAAAGCUUUUCCAGAGUUUAAAUCGGAAUAAAUGAAACGGGUUCACCUCACCAGUUUGCUAUGAAAGACAACAGACACAUUCCAAAGUGAUGGCUUGCCUUGCCCCACCAAGUCCGUCUGCUCUUGCCUCAUUUCUCUGCACAUUACUACCCAGGGGCUUUGCUGUGGGACCGUCAAUGUCCUGUGAGGGAAGACUUGGACUGUGGUGGGUUGGUCCAUCAUUGCCGGCUGGAUCCCUACUCGAGAGGGGAGGUGACACAGAAUGGGCAGAAAAGUUUCAUACUGCAGGCAUGCACUCUCAUCAAGAUGACAUCAUGACAUUGGAGUCCAAAACAGACAUUCUAAGCAGCACAAAAGGAGAUAAGGUACCAGUGGAAACAGGAGAAAACAAUGACAUUAAACGGCAAAAUGCUGUCUGGAUUGCUUUUGCCUGCCAGGUGCAGGGAAAAGCUUUGCACAAUGUGGCAGUUCAAUGUAUGUGUGGAGAGGUAUGUGUGGGCAAGUGUGUGAGUGUAUGUCUGCGUGUUUGUCGGGACAUCCAGCCAGGAACAGAACUGCUGCUGGGUGGUGAAACUGCAAGGAGAAGUGAUGUAAGAGACAGACCCAAUGCACAGAACUUCUCUGAAAGUCAACACAGAGAUGAUCAGAGAAUGAAAGUCACGAGGGAUGCAGAAAUGGUUGUGACAAGCCUACACAGUGUUAAGGAAGCCAAAGAAGUACAUAACCAACUCAAGGAUGAGGAAGGACGGAACAAGGACCUCUAUAAACUCUCAAAGAUUGCGUCAACCAAACUGAAUGCUGGAGAAAUCUUGUCUAAGAGAAAUCCGAGCUUUGAGGGAAAUGAGGACAGCAACAACUUUACGGCUCAAGUAGCCACUGCAACAGAUGGACACUUGAACGGAGCCAUGGCCACUGUGGACAUCAUGUCACAGUCUAUCUCUGUAGACAAGCAGAGGAACUUAAGUGGUCAGGCGCCUUCUGUCCGGGUUAGUUCUCGGCUAGCUGCUAAACCACGUCGCUUUCACUGUCUGAACAGCCGGGUUAAGGAACUCCCUAUUCAUUCAGACAGACAUACGGACGGGCUAAUAGAGACUCUCACAGAGGCAGCCAAGUCCUCUGCAGAUGAGCCGGUUUCCAUGGCAACUUCAGAUACUGAUACAGCUGUCAACGCUCUCGAGGUGAGAGAGAGGCGUUACAGGUGUUCCAACUGCGGUAAAAUGUUCUACCAGAUUGGCCACUUAAAGAAACACCAGUUCAGUCACACAGAAAAGAAGCCUUUCACCUGCCAGGAGUGCGGCAAAAACUACACUUCUGCAGAGAGCUUCAAGGCCCACCAGUUGAGCCACCGUGGGGAACGUCCGUUUUCAUGUCCUCACUGUGACAAGACCUAUGGCCUAAAGCGAGACCUGAAAGAGCACUUGGUCCUCCACACUGGAAACAAGCCGUAUGUGUGCGAGUACUGUGGUAAUGCAUUUGCACGUCGACCAUCCCUGCGCAUCCACCGCCUUCUCCACUGCAGCAGAUUGAUUUACUCACAGCCUCCAAAGUUGCAGUGUAACCUCUGCCCCAAGCUGCUAGCAAACCCUGGUUCUCUGAGGAAUCACAUGAAGCUCCACACUGGAGAGAAACCUCACAUCUGUCAACACUGUGGGAAACGUUUCAGUCAGAAAGGGAACCUUGAUAGCCAUUUGCGAAUUCACAAUGGAGAAAGGCCAUUUCCCUGCUCCGAAUGUGACCUGAGUUUCUCUCAGAAAGCCGAACUUUGUCGCCACAUGCUCUCCCACACCAGGGGCGGUUUCCUCUGUAGCUACUGUGGAAAAUCUUUGAGAGACCCGCACACCCUCAAAUCCCAUGAAAGAUUGCACACUGGUGACAGGCCCCAUCGUUGCAUUGUCUGCGGAAAAGGCUACACAAUGGCCACCAAACUGAGAAGACACAUCAAAUCUUCUCACUUGGCAGAGAAGCCACACAGCUGUCACUGCGGUGCCUCCUUCUCUCUAAGACAAAGUUUAUUGAGGCACCAAGCGCAGCAUCAGUCACACUGGAAAACACAGGAGGCGACAGAACCAGCUCGGAAAGAAUUAACAGCGGUAAGUUUUACUCAUCCAAAGCCAGUCAAAGGCAGACCCAAGAAAAACUCAGUCCCUCAAGGAGAUGAACCGAUGCAGAGAAAAGGACGGGGAAAGAAGAAUGAAAAUGACGCAGAGAAUGUAGUGAGAAGAUUUGAGAUUUCAACAGCCGAGGGGCAAGAUGGAGAGGCUUCAAGUGACACCCAGCACACAGUGUAUGUUCACAAGGACCAUGUGACUACACACAGCUACGAUCCCCUGCUCCUCACAUCAGACAGCUUGCAUUCAGGAGCAGGACAGAAGCUGGUAAAGGUGGUAAUAUCAGAAGGUGUAGAGCAAUGCAUUGUGGUCCAAGAGCAGCAGACUGUAGAAGAGCUGAUGAUCAUACAGGAGGAGGAACUCUGCUCUGUGGCCCAAACUGUUGAGAUAAACACAUUGUAGCCUGCAUGUCAACCACAUCUGGCGUUCAUUAAAUCAAAUCAAAUCAACUUUAUUUAUAGAGCACAUUUAAAAUUUACCACAGGGGUAGCCAAAGCGCUGUACAAUGAGCAGGUUAAAAGAUAAAA